AUGUCUCUGGACGACUCAAUCAGCGCUCCGUCGCAAUCAAACAUUCAGAUUUCUAGGGAAAUCUCCAUCAAAGCUCCACCAUUUUACAGCGAAAAACCUGCGUUGUGGUUUGCGCAACUCGAGUCGCAAUUCAGAAUGCGGAGCAUUCUAACAGAAGUCGACAAAUUCCACGUGGCCGUGCCUUUAAUUGACACUAGAUCAGCCUCCACAGUCGAAGAUAUAAUUUUGGCACCACCUAUUACCAAUCCAUACAGAGAACUUAAAGAGGCACUUAUUGCACGCUUCUCAAAAUCUAAAGAAGCUAACCUUAUACAAUUAUUGGACGGAGAGAGCCUAGGUGACAAAACUCCAUCUCAACACCUGCGUCAUCUCCGUAGUCUCGUCCCGGACAUUGAUGAGGAAGUUCUCAAGGCGCGAUGGUUAUCACACCUUCCUCCCCAAAUGCACGCAUGCCUCGUCAUACAGGAACAGGCUGAUCUCAAUAAACUUGGGGCUGCAGCCGACAAGCUUCACGAGGUGAUUAAACCGGCCGCCAUAGCAGCUGUUUCAGACCUGGAGACGCAAGUAGCAGCCUUGGCAGAACACCUAGCAGAACUUUCAGCCAUCGUAGCGCGUUCACAAUUCCCUGAAGUAACCAAACCAGACGGCCUACCAAAAUUCACCAAACACCAAACUCGACAUUAUAUCAAAACUAAGGAGGGACCUCCUGUCACAAGCAAAGCACGAAGACUUGCACCUGAUCGUCUUAUCAUCGCUAAGGCAGAAUUUGAAAAAAUGAUUAAGAUUGGCCUCGCCCGGCGAUCCAACAGCCCAUGGGCAUCACCGCUACACCUGGUGCCAAAGAAAUCAGGAGAUUGA